AUGUUGGCUGAAUAUGAUUUACAGCAAAGAGACUACAUCACUAAAGUCUCGAGUCUCGUCGGAAGAGCCGAUAUCUUGUGCUGUAUCUUCUAUUUGGUCUCAUUCCUAGCCUUCGCUAAAUCACUUCAUUGUCCGGUUGUAAAUAAAUCGAUGAUUUUGUCUUUGAUUAUUUGCCAAAUAUCAUCAAUAUUAGCGCUACUGUCCAAAGAGCAGGGCAUCACUUAUAAAUAA